GGAACUUUUAUUUUUCGGUAUAACAAUCGUCACGCUGCGAGUCUGAAGUGAGGACAAUUUUAAAGUCGCAUGUUAAAAUGUCUUCUGGCAAAAACUUUAGAAGGAGAAGAAAUUCUUCAGACGUGGAAGAGGAUGAAACAACUCAGGAAGUCAGAUGUAAAGUAGAAGAGGCCAAAGAGCUACAGAGUUUGCGGCGACGACAGAAGGGAGUCAGCGUAACUGCCUUACUAGUUGGAGAAAAAUUGCCACCUGAGGCUGAGAUUGAUAAUGACCCGUUCAAGCUCAAAACUGGAGGGGUUGUGGACAUGAAGAAAGUCAAGGAUCGCAAUCGAGACAUGACAGAGGACGAUACAGACCUUAACUUGGGUACCUCCUUUUCAGCUGAGACAAACAGACGAGACGAAGAUGCUGACAUGAUGAAAUACAUUGAAACAGAACUGAGACGAAAGAAGGGCCUUGUAGAAGCAGAGGAACAAAAAGUCAAGGUGAAAAAUGCGGAGGACCACCUGUACGAGCUGCCUGAGAACAUCCGCGUCAACUCUGCCAAGAAGACAGAGGAAAUGUUGUCCAAUCAGAUGCUGAGUGGAAUCCCUGAAGUCGACCUUGGUAUUGAUGCAAAGAUAAAGAACAUCAUCCAGACAGAGGAAGCCAAAGCUAAACUGCUUGCGGAACAACGGAACAAGAAAAAAGACAACGGAACAUCAUUUGUGCCUACCAACAUUGCUGUCAACUAUGUCCAGCACAACCGCUUCUAUCAUGAGGAUUCCAAUGCAGCUCAGAGGCACCACCACAGACGAGAGAGAGAGGAACCCAAACCAAGACCGCUGCGUGUGGGGGACACUGAGAAACCUGGGACAGAGACGUCAGAGCCACCUAACUUCCGCAAACGACCAAAUAACGAAAAGGCCACUGAUGACUACCAUUAUGAGAAGUUCAAGAAGAUGAAUCGACGAUAUUAAUAUUUUGACGCCCGCCAUCUGCUGAAAAUGAAGCCUCCUAUCCACCAAAUGGACAAAUAAAAAGGCUGCCAGUGUAUUAUGAGGAAAAGACAAGGUUGACGUCGAAAGACAUGGAAUUAUUCAAAUGAAUGGGUGUUUACAAAUUGAGGCAGACUCAAAAUAUCGAUACUGCACCAUGAAUUAACGAAAGGUGUGUACUGUCUAUCGGUAUAUUAAACAGAUGGGAAAGGGAAAGAAAAGCAAAUGUCAACAGACUGAAUAGUCACAUAUGAAUACGCAAAGUUCCUCGAAGUAUUGUUACGUAACGGGUGACAAGAUUGAUUUCACUCCCCCUUUUGUAUGCAAGUUAUUUCUGACGAAAAAUAGCUCUUGGUGAUUACCAUAAGGUAGUUGAGGAAACAUCUUUUGAGGUUGACUCUUCUGACCUCCUGAAGCUGCGAACCUUGACGAUGAGCUUUGUAAAUAAUGUACAUAUUUUAAAUGUCAUUACGGGCAUUUCUUUGAAUUAAAAACAACUUAAUCGCA